CCCAACGUCCCUCUUCUCCCUCUGUUUCUGUUCCAAAGCUCUCCCUCUUCUGUACCUCUCUUCCCUCCACCGAAACCCUCUCUCAAACCCUCCAAAACCCUCUGAAAUUGAAACCCUCACUCAAACCCUAUACUGAUAUGGUUCUCAGGUGUUCAUUUGGGUUCGGCAAUCUCUCUCUCACUCACGAUUUGGGUUCGAAGUUCACAAUCUAGGGAUUUUCCAUCGGCGAUCUGGGCAUACAGAGGAUUUGGAGGACUCGCGAAGUGCGAGAAAAUAGCAAUGACAAAUCUCGCAAAUCAAUUGAAGAGUAAAGUAAACAGAUUUGUACAGAGAUGGCUAUCUCCAUCUCCGCUUCUAACCAUGCAAUUUGGGAAGAAAUCGAACGUUCUGGGAGCUACCUUGUUUCUUGCAUGUACGAGGAAGCAACAUCAAUUGCCUCUUAUGUUCUAAGGGAUUUAUGCAAUAAUAAGUUCAUUAAAGCUGGAGAAGAAACUCAAUUGAAUGACAUGUUGGAAUCAGCCAGUAUGGUGCUAGUUCAAUCCUUGAAGGAGCUUAGGAGGGUAUGUUUUCAGAUAUCGGAAGGUCCUUGUUCGGGGACUCAAGAAUUUCUUGAGGAAUUUCUUAGCAAGUGGAGAUUUUUGGAUGAAUGAUACUAUGUUCUUGCAAGUUUAGAAUCAAAUAUGGGUUAUAUGGAAGGAUCUGGUGGUUCUUUUGGUUCUUUUUUGCUAGCUGUUGAUAAGUACUUGGAAGUUGUUGAGGUCUACGUUGUAACACUUCUUGGGAUGGUAGUGAGAGACAUAGACCAUGCUAUCUGUUGGGUUGAGAAAGCCACAUUACCUGAGGAAAAGCAACAGGACCUUUUGAGGAGAUUACACUCUCUUUAUUCUCCCAAGGCCCGUGUAUCAUCACAAGGUUCUGUUGUAGCUUUGCCAGGUGACAAAUGUGAGACUCAUUCUUCUCUAAAACAACAAAAUACAUCUGAGGGAUCUCCAGAAGCCUUAAAAGCCUCAUACCCAUUCAAAGGAGAGAAUGAUAUGAAACAAGCAAUUUUAAAAUUAUCUCAAAGAGUUCCGUGCUUUUGGUGGUUCCGUACAUUCACAUUUAAGUUUGGCAAUGGUCAGCUGGUGAUAUCAAAUGGGAAAAUCGUGCUUGGCUGUUUUAUGAUUCUCAUGUAUUAUGUUUUGCAGAGGAAGCAAGCCACAUUAAAGAGGAUUUUCAAAAGACAAGCUUUGUCCAUGAAGAAGGCUUUGGUGGACUUGUGGCAGCUUGCCUUUUCUUACCAAGUGAACCCUCUAGCUGCUGUUCAACCUGUCCCCGCUGCAACCCGUGGGACCCGCUAAUGGUGCCGUGCUGUUUUACUGGAUUCUUCUCAAGGUUAUAUAGCAAAUUAGCAAUCAGUAAAUUUUUUUUUUAAUAUUAUUUUUCUUUUUAUUUUAUUUUUUUUGAACUGGUACGGAUAAUUUAUUUUAAGAAGAAUUUCACUUUGUCCCUUAUGGACUAAAGUGCUCUGUUGCAAUCAGUGUACAUAACAAUAAAAUGUUUAUAUCCAGGUCCCUUGUUAGGUAGCUAGUAGUGUAUGGGCUCAAGAAGUUUUUAUGAUAGCCCUCAUUGCUAGUGAACGAAAGCAAUGUCAAUAAAUUCUGUGGACCUUUUAUCUUGCUGUUUCUGAAUAGUGCAUCAAAUGUUUAGCA